CAAUUCACUGAGAUAUCUUGGAAGCAAAGGCAAAUCUACACAAACAGAAAUUAGCGUAUACCUGGUCCUGGAGGGAGGAUCAGGUAGAAUUGUCCUAAGGCCAUUUAAUGGGCAGUGAUUUGUCUCGGGUUGGGCCAAUUCCAUGAACAGAUAAAGGUCCACCUGAACACACUCUCUCCUCAUUUUACAGGUGUUUCAUGCCCCCAUGGAUUACGAGGGAUAUCCAGGAACUCCAGUUAUAUGCGUGGCCCUGCUACUGCCUUACCUUCAUUUUUUCAUUUUCUUCUUCAUUCUGAGAUGUCUAGAAAAGAACUUCAGGAAACAAUCAAUGAGAAAGGAUCCUGUGUUCAGAAUUUCUCCAAGAAACAGUGAGUUUUUCCCAAACCCAGAAGAACCUGAAGCAGAGGAUGAAGAUGUUCAGAUGGAAAGAACCAGGACAGCAAACGCUGUGACUGUCACAGACGCAGAUGAGGUAGAGGUCACAAACAUGCCCACCCAGUAUUCUUUUCUGUCAGAUAAAGGGAGCAAUGCUCUAAUCUUAAGCUUUGAGAAAUACCUGAAGUUCUUUCAUUCUUACACACAGAGCUCUUGAAUCGACUUCAGCAACUAUGAGGUGCCCACAAAGGCCAGGGGACAAAGGAAACACACAGACACAGACAUUAAUGUGUAAAUUUAUUGUUCAGGGUCGGUUUUGAUAAGUAU